GGUGUUUUCAGUCUGAAACUGCCGCUCCGUGAAGAAACAAACCUCUCCGGAACUGAGACAGAGAGAAAGAUCACUUCGGCGGAAAUACGGAAGCUCAUUUAUUCCCAGCCCGAACCGGUAGACGAUGGCUCAGUGCGCGGGGACGACCCCCGGUUGUGCAGGACACGGCUGUGAUAAGAAGCCGAGGAAAGUCGCCAUCAUCACCGGCAUCACCGGGCAGGAUGGAUCAUACUUGGCAGAGUUUCUCCUGGAGAAAGGCUAUGAGGUUCACGGGAUCCUGCGGAGGUCCAGCUCCUUUAACACUGGCCGCAUCGAGCACCUUUACCAUAACCCUCAGACACACACGGAAGGAACAGGUUCUGGCAGUUCAGCAGGGUAUAUGAAGUUGCACUAUGGGGAUCUGACUGACAGCACUUGCCUGGUGAAAAUUAUCAACGAAGUCAAACCCACAGAGAUCUACAACCUGGGAGCACAGAGUCACGUGAAGAUUUCCUUUGACCUGGCGGAGUACACUGCAGAUGUGGACGGCGUGGGGACGUUGCGUUUGUUGGACGCGGUAAAGACGUGCGGCUUGACGGAUGACGUGCGUUUCUAUCAGGCCUCCACCAGCGAGCUGUACGGGAAAGUGCAGGAGAUCCCGCAGAAAGAGACCACGCCGUUCUACCCUCGCUCACCUUAUGGUGCUGCUAAGCUGUAUGCGUACUGGAUAGUAGUGAACUUCAGGGAGGCGUAUAAUCUCUUUGCUGUGAAUGGAAUUCUCUUCAAUCAUGAGAGCCCUAGAAGAGGCUUUAACUUUGUGACACGGAAAAUUAGCCGUUCGGUGGCAAAGAUCCACAUCGGCCAAUUAGAGUGCUUCAGUCUGGGUAAUCUGGACUCCAUGAGAGACUGGGGGCAUGCCAGAGACUAUGUGGAGGCUAUGUGGCUGAUGUUGCAGCAGAAGGAGCCAGAGGAUUUUGUCAUAGCUACAGGAGAGGUCCACAGUGUGAGAGAGUUUGUGGAGAAAGCCUUCAAACAUGUGGGCAAGUCCAUUGUGUGGGAGGGGAAGAAUGAGAACGAGGUAGGAAGGUGUAAGGAGACCGGAGUCAUACAUGUCAAAGUGGACCCCAAGUACUACCGUCCCACUGAAGUGGAAUAUCUGCAGGGAGACAGCACUAAAGCGCUGGAGAAACUUGGCUGGAAGCCGCAAGUGACCUUCGAGGAGCUUGUUAAGGAGAUGGUGGAUGCAGAUAUUGAGCUCAUGAGAAGCAACCCAAAUGCAUGAGCCCGCACGCUAGCAGCACAUCUACAUACCAUGGACCUGUGUGCCCAAGAAGGAACAUGCAUUAGUCUCAAACCCUCCCCCAAACUCCCCCCCCACCCCAAGCACUCCACCCUGCCUGCAUUUCCUCUACAUACAGGAAGACUGAAUGCUGCUUUUGACAUUCCAUGUUCCUUUUAUACUGUUAUUUCUAAUCACAAUCAUGAGUGUGUGUGUGUGUGUGCGCGUGCGUGUGUAGGGGGGGGGGGGGACUUCUAGCAAUUUUCUUUUUUCUGUGGCAAUUUUUUAAAUCCAGUUUUAUAUGGUUUGUUUUUCAUGUCAUCAUUGUGGUGAGGGUGAGAGCAUGUGAUGAAAUGAUAGUUUUAUAGCAGUUUACAGUGGGACAAUUUUCUAGAUGAGCAUUGGAUUUCAGACAGAUCUAUGUAGAUGCGUAAUAUAUUCCGAAAACCGUCUUUGAAAAAUUAGUUUGAAUGAUUUUAAAUAUUUCUUUAAUCCAUCUAUCUUCGAUAUUUAAUAUAUUUAAUGGGGUUUUUUUUUUCUUCCAAUUUGCAUAUUAAUUAUUUUAUCUUGGAUUUGUUUAUUAAAAGGGGUUUCAGAUCA